ACCAAAGCCUGGAGAUGGUUCAGCUGCUGUCUGCUCUUCCUCUCAUAUGUGACAAUGGGCCCAACGUGCAAGGUGAAGCUGCUCUUGCUGAUGUCAUCGCUCUGCUGCAGCACGAACCAAGCUGUAAUGACGGUGAGUCCUGGCACCUCUCAGUUCUUCAGAGGGACGUCCGUCUCUUUCAGCUGCAAGGACGACCACAGCUCAGCUGGAUGGACGCUGAGGAGGAACACGAGCAAGGACACCAGGGCCGAGUGUAACGACUGGGGGCGACAAGCUGAUUCUUCCUGUGUUAUCGACGUUGUCGUCUCACCAGACAGUGGAGUUUACUGGUGUGAGUCCAGAGAGGGAGGAGCCAGUAAUAACGUCAACGUCACUGUGACUGAUGGUCCAGUGAUCCUGCAGAGUCCUUUCCUCCCCGUGGCGGCAGGAGAGAAUGUCGCUCUGCUCUGUAAAACUAAGACGCCUCCCUGCAACCUCUCGGCUGAUUUUUAUAAAGAUGGCGCUUUUGUCAGGAAGUCGCUCACAUGUGAGAUGACCAUCCACUACGUCUCCAAGUCUGACGAAGGAGCCUACAAGUGUAACAUCGGAGACCUGGGAGAGUCUCCACCUGCCUGGAUCAGAGUCACAGGGACAGCGACCACCACAUCUCUUCCAUCCCCCUCUGUUACCUUCAUUAUUGCAUCCAUCGCUGGUUUGGUAUUUCUGGUUGUUCUGGCGCUACUGGUGAGACGAUGUGUCCGGAGGCCACCUGAGGAGUGUGAUCCAGCAGACGACAGUCUUGAACCAGACGGGACAUUGGAGAGAGAACGAGCUGCAGCGACACGAACGGACGACGUCAGAUAUGGACAAAUAAUGAUCCGACCAUUCAACAGCAGAGAACAUCCACCAGAGAAGGAGGUCAUCUACUCGUCUCUGAGGUUCGACCAAUGAAAACCUGCUGCUGCUUCACUGCCGCCAUCUUUACUCCAUCACAGGAGGCGUGUCCAGAGUCUAGACUUGCUUCAAAACACAUUUCUGACGAUG